AUGGCCGCAACAACAACUACUAACUCAUUUGUGUCUUGCAUCAAAGUAAAAGGAAUAGAACUCUUGCCUCCAGUGAUAAAUCAAACACGCCGUUUAGAACUGCAAACAUACAAACAACAGGCGAUAAAAUUGGAAAAACGUCUUCGAAAUUGUAAGGAAUUAAAGAAAAGUCUACAAGAGUUAAUGUCCACUCAAAACCUUACCAAUUCCCCGUAUUUUGACGGAAACAGCCAUAUUGAAGACUUAGGAAUUUCCUCGGCCAGGAGCAGUGUCCAACCAAAGAAAAAACCAAAUCUAAGUAGAGAUAUUAUCGAUGUUAGCGAAUAUAGCAAUGACGGCAUCAAAUUAAUCAAUAAAGAGAAAGAUACGGUGUUUGAAUCUAGACGAGGCCAGAAUGAUUUUAACCAAGGACAACUAUUAAGCAUCGGUGAUGCAUAUGAAAGUGAUUCAUCUUUAAAUAAGUCAAGCGAAAUACCUGUCUCCUCUGUGAUAUCAAGUGCUAGAGAGCCUCAUUCACAGUGGACAUCUCCUGAUUUUAUUGGAAGUUGUGAUAAUGGAAGUAAUUUUUUACCAAGAAAAUCUUCGAGUCCAAAACCUAUACGAUCCACACCACCUAGGAACAAAUCAAAAAGUGCUACAGCAAAAUCGACCUCUUCCCCUUAAAGCAAGACUGAUUAGAAGCAACUCUUAUACUCUCGAAUCACCAAGCCCGAUACUUCUGGCCCAUCUCGAGAAAUGCUGCAAGACAAAUCUAGAAGUACCAGAACCAAGUGGAAACCUUUCACGAAAUUGGACGUCCUUAGAGAAUAAUUUUGUACCGAUGGAAGACAGUGAAUUUAGCAGUUUAAAUACUGUUUAUAAUGCUAAUUUAAGCAGUCGAAAUGUUAGUGAUAAAGUGCCUUUAGAUGGAGUGGGUGAUGAAGAGCUGAAACCACAGAAGGAUACUGGACAAAAGUCUCCUACUAUUGAGGUGGUCCAAACUGAUAUUUCUGUUCAGCAUAUAACUGUAAACGCCAAUAGUGAAAAUGUAGAACCUGUCAAAGGCACUUUGGACUUAACCAAUCCAGAUUGCCAAUUGAUGCAAGUUCUGAAGAAAAUACCAGAAGAUUAUUCAAAGCAGAUUAUAGAACUACUGGAAAAACGUAGGCUAGAUCAUCAGAAUAAAGUAGACAAUUUUGGAAAACAAUUUAAAAAUACGCCUUCCAAGGACGAAAACAUAGAAGAUAGCGAUUCCACUACUUCGGAGCUGUCAAGUUGGUCGAAUUAUUGCGGCAUCGCAGACAAAUUAACGCAGAUCGAACUCCAAAAGAUGUAUCCAGCAGAAAAUGUGCAGAGUUCACCAAAUAUCAAUAGUAAAAAGUUUUUGGUAAACGAAACCUAUUCUGGGGAUACUUCUGAUAGCAUUCCUUACCAAGAUAUCGAGAUUACUGAUAUGGAAAAAGUAAUUGGUGGCUUAGAUAAUACAUUUGACGUUAAUUCAAAAGGAAUCGAACAAAAGAGACCAGAGAGUGCAAAGAAAAUAUUUCUUACUACUAAAAGCCACGAAGCAGCUAAAAAGCAAUGGGCUGCGAGUGUAAUAUGUGCCUACGUCAAGGGGUAUUUGACUAGAAGGCUACUCCACACGUCUCGGGUACAGUCUAAAAUUGACACGAUUAGAGACGCUGUCAUAUGCGCCCUUCAAUUACACGAAGUCGAACAUUUCGACGAAGCUGACGCUGAAUUACACAGACGACUGAUAAAUCAGGUCUCCUCAGCUUGCUACGAGAUCCACGACAUAUUUUUUAACCUACCUAUAUCAGAAAAGAUGGCGAUUAUAGCUACUGACAGAAAGCGAUUAUUAGAGAAAGCUAGAAGACCGUCUUCCGCACCCGACAUUCAACGAUCGUUAUCUAACUCUAGCAGGUCUUCGACCAAGAGCUUCCAUUCUCAGACUUUGAUGAAGACUUGA